AUGGCAGAAUCUUGCUAACAUUUAACUUAAGCUAAUCUCACCAAGAACAUCCAGGGGAAACUCAUUUACAAGGAUGAAUGCACCAGAUGCUUCUAAUCAGCUGUAAUUCUUGCCAUAUUAUCUAAUAUAUAAAUCUAGAAAUCUGAUAACGGAGUCGAUCUGUGCUUGAAAUGCUUCAAUGGAGGGUGCAAUGACUAGGAGUUCAAUCACUCAAGACUUCACUUCCAAAUGAGCAGUCAUCCAAUAGUCCUUAACAUUAAGCAAGUUUUAAAGGUAAACUCUAUCUCUCAUAUUAUCAAUAUUAUCUAGCCAAGGGAAAAUGAGGGAUAACCAGCACAGAUCACUAAACUAGCAAUUGGCAAGCCAGGUGGAAUAGAUGCAACUGGAGAUGAAUAUGACACUCAAGUCUAGCUGAAAUGCUUGGCUUGUGAUGGCAAGGUAUUAUCUCAUGAAAACCCAGAGGUCAAAGGAUUGGUAGACUCAGUUUUACAAGCAUAGUCUGCAUAUUUCCAGCAAACUCUCUCAGAAUGGGAGUUAAAGCUAGAAUCAUGCGAGCACUGUCUCCUCCUAGAUCAAUCUAACUCACAAAAGAUAGCAGCUAAGAGUCUAGCUCAUUGUAAUGAAUGUGAUUUAUCUGCAAACUUGUGGCUAUGCAUGUCGUGUGGGCAUUUAGGUUGUGGUAGAAAGAACUGGGAUGGCACUGGUGGAAAUAAUCAUGCAGUAGAGCAUUUCGAGAGUCAUUAGCAUCCCUUGGUAUGCAAAUUAGGAACCAUCACUCCUGAAGGCAGUGCUUGUAUUGAUGUAAAGUCUCAAACUAAGACUGAGAAGACCAUGCAAGAACUAGAUCUAGAACUUAACCUUAACUUUACUCUGUCAAAGAUCUUAGAGGAGGGUAAGGAACUGAUUCCCCUCUUUGGAAGUGGUUUCACAGGCCUUGAUAACCUUGGUAAUUCAUGCUACAUGAACAGUGUUCUCUAAGUGCUCUUUGCUCAACCCGAAUUCGCUUAGAAAUACCUUGAUAACUCCUUAAUGCAUUUGAUGACUUGCGGCAAGUUCUCACCAGAGUGUCUGGACUGCUAGAUAUCGAAACUAGUUCAUGGUCUGUACAGCGGUAUUUACUCUCAAUAGAAACUGGCAAAGAAAGUUGCAUAUGAAGGCUAGUCUGAGGAAGAGAAGAAAAAAGAAGAGUUUUACUAGGACGGAGUGAAGCCACAUAUGUUCAAGACUUUGGUAGGUAAGGGUCAUCCUGAGUUCCAAACUUCUCAGCAGCAAGACGCCCAGGAGUAUUUCUUCUAUCUGUUGGAGAAAAUAUAAAGACUUGAAAGAUCAAAUGGCAAUGCUAAUCCAGGAGAGAUAUUUGACUUUGAAUUGGAGUCAAGAGUGCAGUGCUAGGAAUGCGGAGGAGUCAAAUAUUCCUAGAGCAAGGUAUCAUAGCUGAAUAUUUAAGCGCCAGUUGAUUCCAGUGUAGAAAAAGGCACACCUGUUGAUUUAGAAGCAUGCUUAGAGAAGUUCUUCGGUGAAGAAUAAAUCCCUGAUUUCAACUGCUCAAAUUGCAAUAAAAAGACAGUGUGCGUAAAGAGACAAAGACUGAAUAGCUUCCCUAAGGUCUUGAUCUUAACUCUUCAACGCUUUGUUUUCGAUAACUGGGUUCCAAAGAAAUUAGAAAUUGAACUCUAAGUGCCUCAAGACCACAACGACUUCGAAAGAUUCAGAGGCAACAACGGCCAGCUAGCAGAAGGAGAAUUCUAAUUACCUCAGCAAGAAGCAGCCUAGCAAGAAGAUGCAGAGCCUGAAUUAAACUAAGAUCUCCUUAAUCAAGUUAUUAUGAUGGGCAUCCCGGAAAAUGCUGCUAAGCAUGCUCUCUUUAACUCUGGAAAUAACUCUGCGGACAUGGCAACAAUGUGGUACUUUGACAACAUGGAUAAUCCAUCUUUGAACGAACCCUUGAGAGUGAAGAAAGCAGGGGGAGCUGCAUCAUCUGGAGACAAUGUUCCUUAAGAUUUGAUUGAUCAAUUAGUAAGCUUUGGGUUCACUGAGAAAAAAGUCAGAAAAGCUCUGAAAUCUUGUGAUAAUAAUCCAGAAAGAGCAGGAGAAUGGUUGUUUAGUCAUAUGGAUGAUCCAGAUAGUGAUCAUGAAAUGACAGAUGUCAAUCAGGAAAGUUUAUUUGAGGACAAGAUACCAGGAAUUUACAAGCUCAACAGUUUCAUCACCCAUUUGGGAACAAGUGUGCAUUGUGGGCAUUAUGUAUGUCAUAUCAGAAAGGACGGUAAAUGGGUUUAUUACAAUGAUGCUAAAGUCGCUCAAACUAAUGAACCCCCUAUUGGAAAAGGCUACAUGUAUUUCUUUAGAAAGAUUGACCCAGAAUUACAACAAUGA